AUGCCACCAAAAGGUUGGAGAAAGAACGCUGAGGGCAAGUUCCCACAAAACCAUAAGGAUGCCGAAUUCGUGUCUAUUGAUGAUAUUCUUUUUCCAAAGUCGGUGAUCCAGAAACUCGCCAAGAACAUCAUCCAGUCUGACGAUGGAAACAUGAUCAUCUCCAAGGACUCGUUAACUGCCUUGCAAAGGUCAGCCACGGUGUUCGUUUCUCAUUUGAUGUUUUUUGCAAGACAGUUGGCUAAAAAUGCUGGUCGUAAGAGUGUUAACUCGCUGGAUAUUUUGCAGGCAUUGGAGAAGGCUGAACUCACGGGCUUUGUGGGUGAAGUCCAGCUGAAGCUAGCUACUUUUGAACACAAUGCAGAGGUCAAGAAGAAGCAGAAGGCCGAAGCAAAGGCUGCUGGUCAGGAUGUGGAUGGCCCAGCGGCAAAGAAGUUGAAGGAUAACUCACAGAAUGGAGUGGAGCCAGGUAACCCAGAGGCAGAUGCCGAUGAUGAAGAACAUGAAAAUGAUGACGAAGAUGAGGACGAGACCGAAGUUAAUACUGUCAACGAGGAGGACGACGACGAUGAUAAUGCUGAAGAGGAUGAAACCAGCCAGGACCACCAUACCCAAAACCCGAUUGCUUUGCUUGGUAAAGAGGAGCACGAAUUAGAAGGAAGCAACAGCGAGGCUGAAAACGCAGACACGACAGAAGUUCCAGACGAGGAGGAUGAAUAA